UACAUAUUAUAUAAGUAAGAAAGACGCAAGGAAAGUGAUGAUAGUAGCGUCGUCCUUGGCCGCCUUUUUCCUUGGUCCGGUUUCUCCCUCUCAAUUUUUCUCCUUCCAUCGCCUCUCUCACCUUCACCCCUCUCCUUCUCUCCCCGCCGCCGAAUGUGUCGUGCCAUUUAUCGUGCUCUUUUGAGUCCUAUACUUUGAUUCGAAGUUGUUUUCUCAUGAAUUCGUUAUAAGUUAAUGUUUUCGAUGCGAAACUAGACAGACUUGUUGAGGGUGACAUCUAGGAGGCUCAUUUUGGCAUCCAAGGUACAAUCAGUUUCAACAAUGGCGAAGGAGGAACAAAAUGUGGGAAAUGUGAAGCAACAGUUGGCCAAACUGUUUGAGUCCGCACUUAAUGCAACAGUGCCUAAUGAGCCAGAUAUAGAGCCUUUGGUUGCUGCAUGCACUGCAAAAUUUGGAGAUUACCAAUGUAAUAACGCGAUGGGCCUAUGGUCUAAAAUAAAAGGAAAGCAAAAUGAAUUUAAGGGUCCUCCAGCUGUUGGACAGGCCAUAAUGCGAAAUCUCCCUCAAUCUGAAAUGGUAGAAUCGUGCUCUGUUGCUGGGCCUGGAUUUGUUAAUGUCGUAUUAUCCAAGAAUUGGAUAGCCAAGAGUCUUCAAAAAAUGUUAAUUGAUGGUAUUGAUACAUGGGCACCACGGCUUGCAAUCAAAAGGGCUGUUGUUGACUUUUCUUCGCCUAAUAUAGCUAAAGAAAUGCACGUAGGACAUUUAAGAUCUACCAUCAUUGGGGAUACGCUCGCCCGCAUGCUUGAGUUUUCACAUGUUGAAGUUCUUCGGCGAAAUCAUGUUGGUGACUGGGGGACACAGUUUGGUAUGUUGAUUGAAUUCCUCUAUGAAAAAUUUCCAAACUGGGAAGAUGUUACUGAAACAGCUGUUGGAGAUCUUCAGGCAUUCUAUAAGGCUUCGAAACAGAGAUUUGACAGUGAUCCUGAAUUUAAGGAAAAGGCACAAAAAGCAGUAGUUCAACUCCAGGGUGGUGAAGAGAAGUAUCGUAGGGCAUGGGCACAGAUUUGUGAAAUCAGUCGGAAUGAGUUUAAUAGGGUUUAUCAAUGCCUUGGAGUUCAUUUAGAGGAAAAGGGGGAAAGUUUCUACAAUCCAUAUAUUCCUGAGGUUUUGAAGGAAUUGACCAGUAAAAAUUUAGUUGAGGACAGUCAGGGUGCUCGUGUGAUCUUUAUUGAGGGGUUCAAUAUACCUCUUAUUGUUGUGAAGAGUGAUGGCGGUUUCAAUUAUGCUUCAACUGAUCUAGCAGCUCUUUGGUAUCGCCUUAAUGAAGAGAAAGCUGAGUGGAUUAUAUAUGUUACUGAUGUUGGCCAGCAGCAGCACUUUGAUAUGGUGUUUCGGGCUGCCAAACGCGCAGGUUGGCUCCAAGCUGAGGGUAACACAUAUCCUAAAGCUAGCCACGUGGGUUUCGGACUUGUUCUUGGAGAAGAUGGGAAGCGCUUUCGAACUCGCAACACUGAAGUGGUUCGGUUAGUUGAUUUACUUGAUGAAGCCAAGAGUCGCAGCAAAACAGCUCUUAUCGAUCGUGGCAAGGAUAUAGAGUGGUCUGAAGAGGAGCUUGAGCAAACUGCCGAGGCAGUAGGUUAUGGUGCUGUCAAGUAUGCUGACCUGAAGAACAACAGAUUAACCAAUUACACGUUUAAUUUCGAUCAGAUGCUAAAUGAUAAGGGUAAUACUGCUGUAUACUUGCUGUAUGCUCAUGCCCGAAUCUGUUCAAUCAUCAGAAAAUCUGGUAAAGACGUAGAGGAGUUGAAGAAUACCGGGGCAAUAGUGUUGGAUCAUGCGGACGAGCGUGCAUUGGGGCUUCAUCUGCUACAAUUUUCUGAGAUUGUUGAGGAGGCCUGCACCAAUUUAUUGCCGAAUGUGUUGUGUGAAUAUCUCUACAAUCUGUCAGAAAACUUUACAAGAUUCUAUUCCAACUGUCAGGUCGUCGGUUCAGCGGAGGAAACGAGCAGGCUCUUGUUGUGCGAAGCGACGGCAACUGUGAUGCGGAAAUGCUUUCAUCUCCUUGGAAUAAUACCUGUCUACAAGAUAUAAUGUUAUACGCUCGUAUACCUCAAUUCAUUUUGUACGGCAUUUGGUUUCCAAGUUUGGCUAAAGAUAUUUAUGUGGAUAGAGCCGCAAAUGUAAGGCUUUUAAAGUUACAAACUGAACCCAACAAGCCUUCAAUGCACAUGAGCCAACGUGCAGACAUGAGUUUGUUCAUGCUACGGUAUGCCUGUAAGUCGUGGUCUCGACCGCAAACUGGCAUUUUGGCUUGAUAUUGGCUGGAAUGGGUUACGAAUAAACAAUCCAUUCUUAAAAACUGCUAUUCUGGAUUAUUGACUGAUUCAGUUUGUAAAAGGCUAUUGUCAUUGUAUAUGAUUUUUCAUAGACCAA